AUGGCUGCGAAAAGCAAAGAGGUAAGAAAACCAAUUUUCUUUGGUACUGUUUUAUUUGCACAAUAAGACUUUUCCCGCGGCAAAUUUGCAUCAACGCCUAACUCAUAUGAAAGAGAAACAUUUUAGCUCAAUUUGUAACAAGUUAAAGUGAAAUAGCUAAUUUCUGAUGUAAUCACAAUUCGUUUGCUUCUAUAUAGAAUUUAGUUUAUUGCAAUCUAAAGUUUUAACAGAAUCGGGAAAUUACUUCUCUUUCUGGUUUCGACGAGACAGAUUUAGAUCUGAAGAGACUCGCACAUGUAUAUUUGUAUCCAUUUUUAGUGUGAAGAUUCAAGUUCUUCCGUGGAAGAAGAGGAAGGAAGAGAGUGAGUCUUGCUUGUAUACUUACGAAAACUUAUUUAUUCCCGAAAGUAUCCCUUUUGUUAAAAAUCAAAGUGACUCCGUAAUUGAUGCCCUAGCAUUAAUACCUGGGUUUAAGUACAAUUUGGUGCUUUGUUCAGAAGUUAGGUGCCAACGACAAAGCUCCAAAAUAUCCUGGUUUUAUUGCCUAAGAGCAGUGUCUCGUCAUUCUUGCCGUGCAGAUGAGCCACAUCCCAGUUUUUACUUACGCAGUUUAGACAAUUAACCAGCAUCGACACGGGUGAUAAGAAUAGCGAACCCUGUUACUGUACCUACUAGCACAGAGGUAAACACAGGUUAAAACCAAAAAUAAGAAACUUGAGUUGCACAGACCAUGGGGAGUUCUUUCCAUCAUACCCUCGGAUAGUUAGAUUACACUUCUGAAAUUUGUUAUCUAUAUCAAGCCAAUCUUAAAUUUCGGUAGCAUGAAAAUGUAUUUCAAUCAAAUCAAAAAUGUGAAAAGCAUUCAAAGCUACCUUUAGUGGACUGAAAAUUGACAAAGUUCUGCUAUAAAUAAUUCUAAUAAUAGCUGUAAAUCCACCCUUCUUCAGAAAAGCCCCCUCAUAACCUUGUUCAUCACAAUGAUUAUGUCGCAAAUGUCACAGAACACUUCAGCCUGAUCAAACAGAAGAAGAACGAAUACUUUUGCAAGGCAACAACAACAGGACUUUUGAUGGCUUGGAAAAUGAUAGUCGGGUAAGUGUUUGAGACAAGAUUGUACAAGCCUUUACAAUUGAGUGUGCCCAGUCAAAGGUCGUUAUUGACUGUUCAAAUGCCUCAGUAGUAUUAACAAAGAGUUAAGUAUUACCAUCGUCAAGGUCAACGCUAUUGAUUCGACGGGAUGAUUGACUGUAGAAAGACACGUAUAUCAAUUGUAAUGUUAUCUUCCUACAGAUUAACAACAACGUCGCAGCUCAGCAGGCUCUGAUGGAAGCAAAGUAAGUCAUACACUAUUUACUACCCCCGCAGACCUUAUGCAAUACACACAAACUUUCAUUCGCAUAAUUCUGGUUAACUAAAGCAAAAAGUAAAACAGAUGUCCUUUUCAAUUUUGCAGCAUUAUGUACGGAGUCCGCGAAGGAUGUGAAUUGAUCAGGGCCCUCAAUGGGGUAGGAGAAUAAAAAAAGGAAGUUAAUGAACAAUAAUUAUGUUCACAUUUCAAAAGAAAGGAAAAUAGAAGGGGAAAAAAAUGAGUUUGACUUAGCCGACCUUAAUGCAAUUACGUUGUCCUGUGAAAUGCAAAAAAAAAUACUCAAAACAGUGAAAGAAAAGGUAGAUGUCAGGAAAAUUAUUCCAAAAACAAAAUUUCAAAAAAAUUACACAACAUUGGAAAGGAGACGCACCUUAUUUUUUUAAAAUUAACUUAAAGUUCAACAACUACUGAGAUUCAAGGAAGUAAUUUUGUGUCCUGUUUUUCCUAUUCUCCUUUGAAAUGUGGCUGUCUAGUGUAUAUACAUGUAUAUGAAAAGCGCGCGAUAUCUCGGUUUCCGUUAUCAAGAACUUGACGUCGCAACGCCUAAAUAACGGAACAUAACUGUGUACAUUUUUGUUAGAAUGACUACGAGCCGUUCCCUGGUUGGACGACAUCCGGGCAAAGAAUUCAACAGUGCACCGAACUGAACCCCCCCAUGGUAAGCGAAACAAAAUUUUAUGCAUCGAAUAAGAAAAAAUGAUUUAUAUUAUAAUGAACGAUCUAAGAAACGAGAGAGCCAUUGUUUUCCUUUUCCAUUCAAACUAACCUGAAAUGUGGCUGUCUAGUGUAUAUACAUGUAUAUGAAAAGCGCGCGAUAUAUCGGUUUCCGUUAUCAAGAACUUGACGUCGCGACGCCUAAAUAACGGAACAUAACCGUGUACAUUUUUGUUAGAAUGACUACGAGCCAUUCCCUGGUUGGACGACAUCCGGGCAAAGAAUUCAACAGUGCACCGAACUGUACCCCCCCCAUGGUAAGCGAAACAAAAUUUUAUGCAUCGAAUAAGAAAAAAAUGAUUUAUAUUAUAAUGAACGAUCUAAGAAACGAGAGAGCCACUGUUUUCCUUUUCCAUUCAAACUAACCGGCUAGAAAGCACUUGUAAUUCAAGACACUUAUUGACUUGUGCUGAUUAAACGUAAAUUAAUGAUUGUUUGCUGUAAAUUUACUUCUAUGGCUUCGAAGAGUCAUUCGACUACGAGUAACUAGACAUUGCUUUAUCAAGAGGGAGGAAAGGUAUGAGAAUUAAUCGUGCAAAGAAUUCAGAUUAAAAAAUAUCCUUUUCAAGAUUGGACACGACGAAGAAGAACAGGACCUUGUUAUACAGGUGAACAACUGAAAUAAUUUAUUCCAAUGAAAGAGCAGCAGAGCAGGUCAUUUUUCUCGCAAAAUAUCUGCUUACUUGCUUUUCUCCAAUUUCAUCUUUUAAAGGCAUCGGAUGACGAGAACCAGCUUGAUGAGGCCAUUUUUAUAUUUAUUAUAAUUUUUUUCUACUUGUCUGAGAAUUUCCUAACUUUGAAAUAAAAUUCUAUUAGAUUGUAUGUUUACGUUCGUGUAUCCUUUAGGCUGAGCAAAUAAAGUAUUGUAAAAGUUAUCAUUCUUUUGCCUUGACAUGGAUGCCUACAUCUACCAGAAUGCUCUGACGAGGUCAAGUGAUAUCAUACUGUCAUUUCCACUCCAUACACACUUGACCUCAUCUGGCUUGUCUCUUCGGUGUUUUGAAAAUUCACUCAAAUUAAAUGGAAUUUAACAAUAAAAAAACCCCAAAGAAAAACAAACAAUUUUAAACUUUCAUUUUCAACUGUUCGCAUCACACGUUUCUGUGGGGAAAAUAAUUAAGGGGGGCCGGUAGCACAAGGCACACGAUAUCAUAGAAUAGGGUCGGAAUGAUAAUUUUUCUUCUCUUUCCUAAUUCAUAUUCACGCUAAUUUUCGAUAAUCUUGUUUAAAUUCCAAUUUCUUAAAAAAGAGUUAAUUUCUUGAAAGUUUAACCUGAAGAAUAAAAGUGCUGCAAGACUCAGGAUCAUACCUGACAACCCAUUUCACUCAUAAAGCCCUAGCAAGUCUGCAACGGAAGCACAAGUUCUUGCCCUUUUGGAGACGUUGGCAUUCCUUUGUUAUGCUGAGAAAAACACUCACGUCACAGGAGACACUGAGUCAUCGACGAUAAAUACCACUUUAGUGAAGGAGGUCAGGCUCAUAAAGUUUCACUGCGUAAAAAACGCUACACUUGCAGGUUUAACUUCUGCUUCGAAAACAUUUUUUACUACUUGAAAGGGAUUUGACCCCGGGGAAAUUUCCGAGUGCAACAAUGGCAAAACUGCAAAACCAGCGGCGUUCAUGAGAGAAGCGAGCGACCGCUAAAAAAACAAAACGUUCACAAUUGCCACUAGAUAUCUUUCUUUUGUUUUUCUGUUGUCUUCAAUCAGUCUCUGUUUGUUGUCAUGCCUACGAUAUGCUCCGAUAAACCCGACUUGAAAACAUGAAAAUCGUAUCUUAUUAACAUGACAGUUCAUGUCAUAUCUGCAUAUAUAAACAUCAAAAUUAAGGGCUUUUUUGCCAACAAUUCUCUUCUAGUCUUGAUUAACGGAUGUUUAUGGUCGAACUGCCCGAAGAGCAGUACGUCUAAGCUGACUUUCACAUUCUUAUUAUAAAAUACAUGUUGAAGAUUCUAGAUCUCGCUUUAACAAAGACAGUCGCCCACUCAUUGUUAAAUUGUCCCACUAUAAAUAGUUUCAGUUUCCGAAUGAAGUCAUCAAAAAUACAAAAUACUUGGGCAACCCACCGUAUUUAAAACGUCAUAUACUUUCACCUACAAUUUAAUCUCCUUGUGAAAAAGGAACUUCAUCGAAUGUUAUGUAAAAACCACCUUGACAUGCUUAAAGGAUCAUCUUAAAUUUGGUCCUUAAUUGACGUAAUAAACAAGUUUGACAAAACCUGCCCAGACUUGCACAUUCCAAAUAUUUCCCCGUUGGGCUUUUUCCCUAGUUAAAGCAGGAAAAAAAAAUCCCCGUCUAAAAGAUUUAAGAAACUUGCACGAAAUCAUUUUCUCCAUUAGCACUCUAAGGAGACAAGUUCUGCAGUGAGGAGUGCGCUUUAAACUGCAUUCGAACGAGUGCAGCGACAAUGGGACGGAGGUACAGGUCUGUAGGUCUGCUGACAACAUCACACUACCAUUCCUACUCAAAAUAUUUAAAUUACAGUGCUACACUGUACAUGUAAAUUGAACCACAAGCAAAUUGUCUAUCCUCUCUUAAACACAACGAACAUAUUCACGACAUAUAAAACUAAACAAGGCUUUGUAUUGAUUUAGAAGUUAAGAGAAAUGAGAUUAAGUCUCUAAAGAUGCACAGAAUUUUCUCCCUGUGUGACGCAAUGAGUAACUCUGAAGUAAAUCCUUGUCAUACGUGCUCUACAGAAACCAAGCACCGCCAAGUCAGUAUAAGGUGGCAUGGGCGAGGAAACUACAAAUACAGACCUAACUAUAGACAUGAUGGACGCAUUCUGAAUGAAGGAGGGAUGUUUUGGGAGAUUGAUGGCAUAUGUGCGUUUUCAAUAUCAAUAUAUCAGAUUUAUCACCGAAUUUCUUCACUAUGUUUUGCUUGCAUAUGCCAUAUACUGCAUGGAAGCACAAUGGAUAGCCAAAGUAAGUCUAUUUUCGCCUUGUUUGUCUUUCAAGUAGUAACUCAAUCGUUGGUGUAGCCUACGAGUAGUUGUACCCUCCCCCUAGCAGAAACGGAGUAACGUUUCUCCUGGGGAAAGAAAAGGGUACUGCUACGCUAUCGUUAGUCCUAGCAACAAAUCGUAAUUGUAAAUCAGUUUCGUUGCCGUUCCAAAAUGAUCAGUCGUUGGUGGUGAACCUCAAUCGCUUGUGCUGUUUCACCAAUAGGACUUCAAUUGAAUGCGCUAAUUAUGAAUCGCUGGUGUUCUGAGGCAGAUCGAUAGCACUAAAUAUCAAUCGUAGUUUUCAGUAUCAAUCGAUAGUGUUCGACCUUCAUCACUGGUGUUGUUUUUAAAAUACAGCCAUCGUAACAAUGUCGAUUGCCAGUGUUGCAACCGAUCGUUCGUAAUAAGUAUAAAUCGCCAUCGUAAAACGUCAAUUGUUAGUGCUAAUAUCGGUUUUUUUAUUGAUUCUACCCCUCCAUGGGGAUUAUGGAGGCAAUCAAAAUAAUUGUACCCCAAGCGGCACAAAACAAACUUAAAAAAAGAAACUAAACGCAAACCUAAAAUUAAUUGACACAAACGACCACGCUUCUACCAAGCCAAGCCAGUGCAUGAUUUCUUUCUUGAUUUCUAAUUAAUCAUUUCAUUUCCACUUGAUCCUUUAGAAGAGUUCCUAUUUUCCUCUCAUCCUCAGCUAUUAUGAGCUAACAACGCCAACAAUGACUUUCCGUACUUAAAACAUCACGGUGAUUGUACAUAUAUUUCUAGGGUUUUGCAGCAUUGCUUGGCACACCUUGCUUCAGAACCUGGCAUAGCUCCAAAAGUAAAGGUGAACGAAAUAUGGAUACCAUAGAGAUACCCCAAUUCCGGUGGAUGGGUACGGGUGAAUUACCGGUAACCGUACCCGUGAAAUGUGGCGAGGGGAUCAACUAAAGUAACCUGGACUAAACGUAAGAGGAUUGGAAACAUCUCCUUUACUUCUUGGUAAACAUGGCGGCUGCCAAGGCCAGGUUUGUAGCCUCAUUUUCUAACCGUAUUUGUUCGUACUUUUCUUGAAUUUGCUCAGUUGUUUUUCGCUGAACAGGGUUUCAUAUAUUUUGCUCCUUCUUUAUAAGACUCAAAAAGAAUCGGUUUUGGCUGAGCUUAGUAUAAAUAAGUAUGUACACAAAAACUAUACCCUCGAUUUCUCAGUCGAGCACAAUUGUUCCGCUGCCCAUGACUGUAAAGAUACGCUCCAAAUUCUUGGAAACUACCCUUUAAAAACAUAUUAAUGGCUAAUAAGCUUGAUAAGGUUCACAAAGUGGCUAGUACAAUUUUGUCCGCUAAAAGAAUUUUUCGGCUAUGAACAAGUCUCCGCACUUCGUCGCUUUCAAUGAUCAAACAGUUGGUUUUCGGUCAAUUUUUCUUUUUAAUUAGACUUAACUUGGUACAAACAUAUACUACACAACACAAACUGACCAUUUAGCUCAUUUUACUAUUCCGCGUCGUUUGCUGGUCUGCUCUGCUUUCCCGUCAUUCCCGUGAGUAACCACGCGUAGACGGCUAGGUUACCCGGUAGUAAGAUGAUGUCACUAUCAAAUAUGGACAAACAUGGCGCCCUACCACUACUACUCCUCACUUGAGUCUUCUUUUGGUUUAUUGCGCGCUGCUCAUCCAAUAGUAAAAAAAAUUAAAUGGCAGCCAAAACAAAAUUUUCACACCUGUCCGCAAGUUUCACAAAGCAAAAUUUGAACACAUUUACGGCCGUUUUGAUAACUUCAAUGGACUGUGACUUGGAUUUCUGUAAAAACUGUCCAUCAAAUCUCAGCCAAUCAUGUGCAUAUUUAUAUUGGGCCUCCGCCAGGGACCCUGACACGAGGUUCCAAAAGUUAGUCAGUCACAUAGUAAACCGCUCAAGCAAAAGCCACUUUUGCACACAAACCAACCUCAAGCUUAAUUCAUUAGCAGCUAAGGUAAGAAAAUUUCCUAUUUUAUCCAUCCAUUCGCUAGUAGUUCGCGAAUCUUGCAGCCUUACGACCCGUGCUAGGAAGAAUGCCAAGGGGAAAGUAAGGAAAUACGGUCUUCCUAUAACGAGAAGAGUUAGAGGUGUUUAGCGCUGUUUAUGUUUCUGCAAAACGUUAAGAGAAAUAUUGUACACUAUGAGCAAUAAGUAGUUAAAGGUGGGUUAAAACCCAUCAACAUCGCGCAGACUUGCUCUAUAUCGUAUAAGAGCGCAGCCGAGAGAAUAUUUAGAUGUUCAAUUCAUCCUUAUCGAAUUUCGCCAAACCGCCAUUACCAGUACUUGAACAGUUAAGGAAAUCGAAGCAACAAUUAAAAGACUUAAGUAUUAAAUCACAACACAUAUACCAUGUUUGAGAAAUUUGCUUAUUUGUACGUUCAGAGAAUAUAUCGAAUCAAAGUAUUGACGCGGUAUGGCUAACGUAUACCCAAGCAAGAUUUCAUGCCGCAAUAAAUCCCUGGAAUAGCAGAAUGGCGUGGAAUAACGUGUCAUUUGAACUCAUUAAACACGACUCGAUCCCGAAAAGCUAGUGAAAAUUCAAAGUAUUUCAAAGUACGAGAAUACUACCGGUUUUGUUCCAACGACAACACAGCAAAAUGAGUGACGAACCCAGUAGCGUAGACGAUAUCCUUGGAACAAUGGAUAAAGGCGAUAUAAAAAUUUGCAUAUUGACGCAAUUAACCCUGUUUUAUUUUGUGUUUGUGAUGCUGUAGAACUAUCAAAGGCGCAGUCAAUGGCCAACGCUGACAGAAAUGUUUACGCGAGUGCCAAAUGUGUACCAAAUUUAGAGAAAAUAAAAUAGAAUCAUAAGUGGUCCUACAAAAACAUCGCAGUAAAUCCUACAUACAGGUCUCAUUUAAGAAAUAGUUUCAUUCUUUCUUACCGAAAAAAUCAAGCCAUAUCAAAGGUAUUCGUAACAGCAUAGAAGUGGGACCUGUACACCUUCAUACAGGGCCUCAAGAGUAAUCGAAAUGCCUGAAAAUCAAACAUUGCCCAUGUGCAAGGUUGAGGUCAAACCUUUCAUGAAAGCCCUUGAUUUCAAGACAAGCAACGUUAAAAUGUACUAGAUACCUGUGACCGAAGCAAUCACUUAAAUGACACGCAUGUAAAUUCUCAUAUUAGCAGCAGAAGUAAACUGAAAAUUAAAUUAGUAUUAUUUUUACAUGUAUCACUUCACAAAGUUUUGAUAUUUUAAUCAAAGCCUAACUUUCCUUCACCUCAUUGCUGUGAGGAGUUUAAUCACCUUACUUUUAUAUUAUGUCCAGAUAUGGCGACUUACAUUCUGUUUUGUAUUUUUUUCUAGUUCCAAAACAGGUUUAUGGGCUCAUAUUCGUAAGUUAUUGACUCUUCUCUACUUUUAUGUAUGCCACAUGCUCAAAUACAUAAUUGUGUAACCCAAGGGGUUUUCCCCUUGUAAUAAAUGAUUGUUCUUUCAUUUUGAGAUGUACCUUUAAAUCGUUACUUGAGAUGACUAUAUACUGUAAGUUGUAAAUGAACAAGCCUUAAGGUUAACAUAAAAAACAUUGAUUUUUCCCUGUUUGUCCAAGUAGAAUUUUUUAAAGUGAGAACUGUAUUAACCCUUCAACUCCCAAGAUCUGAUUGUGAAUUCUCCCCUCUAGCUGCUACACAUUUCUGUAAAUUAGUUUUGAGAAUUUGUUGUUAGAUCAAGAUAACAACUUUGACCUACUAAGUGUGAGACUAUUCUCAUUACCUGUUUGCUUGUUAAUGUAAGGAUAUUAUGGGAGUCAAAGGGUUGAGCAAGCCCCUCAUGAUGUAGACACCUUCACCAAUUAACAAUCUAAUCCAAAUUUUUACACCCUUGUUCACUGAAAAUUAACCAAGAUUUGACACUCACAUCAAGCUGAUACAGACAUACCGAGGGAAUUCCUCAACAACUUUAAGUUUAAGUUUAACGUAUGAGUAGACUAUUGGACUAUGAUUGACACCAACAAACAAGGACACUACUUCACUGUUACACCUAUACAUGUGUACAUGACCAAUUACUGUGGUGACUAGAGGUUUUUAAUCACCAUUAAGUCACUAUGUACAUACUUGUGUAUUAAGUUUCAAUGAAUAUUCAUUGUUCACGCCCAUCACCUAGGACAUUACACUAGACACAGGCCAUAGCAAAUACACUUACCUAUUUCUUGUUUAUUUCAUUAUAGAGAAGAUAUGGCAUUCAGCUUGUCUCAAAUUCAGAUACAGGAUCUAGGGGUAAGAAAAAAACCUGUAACUAGAUAAAUCAUCAUGCAGUAUUUUCCAGAAAAAAGAAGCCAGCUUAAAAUUCAGUGUCCUCCCUAACUAACAGACUACUUCUCUUAUCCCUUCCUAGGCCAAAUUUUCAAUAUGAUCCCAUAUAAAGUAGCUGUCUGUUAUCUGGUUUUCAAUCUGUUGAACUUGCAGAAAAAUGAGUGCAAAUAUUGACACUAUUGAGUAACACACAUUUACCCAACUAACAAAGAGAGUAUACUAAUUAUUUUGUACAACUCAAUAAUAAUUUCCUUUACACAGAUAACUGCUGAUACACCAAAUAUCCACCCAAGGUAAACGAUCAGAAUUACUGUCAUAAUCAUGUCAGAAUACAGCAUCUUGUGCAUUGCAUGUCUACUUUAAUUAUCAUACUGUACAUGUAUAUACUUGGAAACACCAGCUAUCCUUAAAGAAAAAGAGGAUUUUAAGAAUAUUUAAGAAUAUUUAUAUAAGGCUGUAAAUACAGUGUGUAGAUUCAUACUGUAUCAUGGCUUCCCUCUCCUCAGGUUACUAAGACACCCUUCAUAUCUCAAAACUGGCUAAACUUUGCAAAAGAACCAGAGAGGUUGACUUGGAAAUGACAAGUUUCCAAAGUGUUGAAAAAUAACGAAGUGCAGUUAACCAUAAUCAUAAUUCUUUGAAAAAUUUGAAUAUUUUCCCUCCAAGUGACACACUGCUAAAGAUCAAGAUUUUGAUUUCUUGUACAUCUCUACCAAAAACUGUCAACACUUUUUAAAGAAAAAACAAUCCAUGUACAUAUCAAAUAGAAUGCACAUUAUACUUGUGGGAGUACCCUUGGUCUCUUGGGCCUAUUUUUCUAAUUAAACCGAAAAGUAAAUUAGACAGGGUGUGUUUAUCUACAUGUAUACCAGCAAAUCAUAUGUAACAAUUACCUAGCCUAAUUCCAGCAAACUUGUUUGAGUUGAUUCUUAUUGAUUAAUUAAACACAUUGUUUGAUGGUGAGCAAAAUAACAUAAUUGGGAAUGCGCAUGAAACUGUUGAAUACUACUGUAUAUCUAGUUCAGAUAGAGAAAGAAGAGUCUAAAAGUAGAUUUUGCAAAGAAAAUAACACUAGGAGUCACAAUUCCAACUUAAGCAUUUUAGAUGGAAGAUCAAAAUCACUGCCCUCAUACUCAUUUUGUGGCAAUAUGCAGGCAACCCAUGCAGGAAACACCUGACAACAUGCCAGCAAAUCAAGGUACCAUGCAAGGAAUUCAUGACAAUAUGCAAGGAAUUCAUGACAAUAUGCAAGGAAUUCAUGGCAAUUUGCAACCAAUUCAUGGCAAUGUACAAGCCAUCCAUGGCCAUAUGGAAGCAAUACAUGCAUUCGACUGGCAUAUGCAUCUAUUUGACGGAACGGUAAGUACCACAUAACAUUGGUUAGCCAACAGAAUAUUUACAAGUAUUUUGAGCAUGUUGAGUGAUAAAUACACAAAGGAGAAAACUGACCUCCACAUUAACUAAAUUUAGCAACUACUGUGUUGAAUUUUGAAUGUGCAAGGAUCAUGUUUUCUCCUCUUAUAUUAGAUGGUACAUAAAUUUUCUGAGGAUUAUUUGCAUUUACAUAUUUCCUGUUUAAAACUGAAGUUUGAGAGUAGAGUAUCCUUUAAACUUUCUUCUACAAACUUCUAUAAAAUUCAGAAAUAAAAUUGAAAUGGAAAAGAUGAAAUUAUAAAAAUAACCACAUUCAUGUAAAGUACAUGCAUCUUUGGAAAAUAUAUUCCUUAUACAAAUGCCUGCUAUUUUCCAUCUGUUGAUAUAUACCACUGGUUUCGACAGUGUAAACAGUAAAAAUCACCUAAAAGAAUAGAUUUGUCCAGAUUAAAUGAACACCAAACUCACUUUAAUGACUGAAUAAGGCAAUUUUCCAUUCAGAGUCAAAAGAAAAAAAAUAAUACAAGAUUGCAUUAGUUAUGCUUCACAAAUGUAACUCAAGUCAAGACUUGGCCACUGCAUUUAUUCUGUUUGUAGUUCCCUGGAUACUUCUUAAAUUUAUGGAACUUGAGAAGGGGCACUUAUUUAAGGAGAGCCUUUAUUAGAGACUUGGCUGUUAUUAAAUUUUUCUCACUAAUCAGAAAUUGGUUCGGUCAUUUUGAAACAAUACUUCUCCUGUGCACUUUACUUUUUCAUGGGGUUUGGGGUGCUUAUUCACAGCUGGGUGCCUAUUAACUUUUCCUACCUACAGGGUGCACACUUAAUCAAGGUGGGCACCUUCUUGAGGUUGCAUGCUUAAUACAAUUAAUACAUUACUUGCAUUUUCCUUUGCUUCAGGCUGUUUUUUUUAAUCCGAGUGCAUAACGGCUCACCUUAAUUUACAUUUUAACAAUCAAUGGAAAAUUGCAUUAUUUCUCAAAAGUCAUACCAACUUGCAUGACUAAAGGCUAUUUUUAGGCAACAAGGUAUUGUACCUGUCAAGGUACAAAUAUUGCUAUAAAAUACUUCUUUAUACCCAAUAUUAGUUUUUUCUUUAACUUAAAACAGGGAAGUGAAGAACUGUAAAAGACCCUGCCUCAUCGAAGACUGUUGCAUGAUAACUUGCAAGACACUCAGGUUAGCAAGUAGAGUGCAGAUGAUAAAAUUUACAAACUUAAAGGUAUAUGUAUUUAUGCACAUUCAAGAGUGACUGGUUAAACUGAAACAGCCUUGUUUAAGCAUUUGUCAAUGGAA